CGACCCCUUGUUCGCAUCCUGCAUGUGCAGCAAACUUUGUUUGACCCGGCGCAAAAGUACGAAUUCCGUCAACGAGCGUACAUCAGCCGUGACAAUACUUCACUCGGGCUCAUCAACAAAGAGAGGCGUACCACCAACACCAAAGGAGAGUUCCACCAGAACGAAGCCGCUUAAGCAGGCAGGCAGGCAGCCCAUACCAGAGUACCAGACUAGCUACCAGAGCAGAGGAGCGCCCGGCGGCCCGGCCAUGUCGUCCUCGUCCAUGCUGCCGGCAGCCGCGACCGCGGCCUCGAAGCGGCUGAUCCUGGUGCACGGCACGGGCCACGGCGGCUGGUGCUGGUACAAGGUGGCCACGCUGCUCCGCGCCGCGGGCCACCGCGUGGACGCGCCGGACAUGGCCGCCUCCGGGGCCGACGCGCGCCCGCUCCGGGACGCGCCCACCUUCGAGGACUACUCGCGCCCGCUCCUCGACGCCCUCCGAGCCCUUCCCCCGGGCGAAAAGGCGGUGCUCGUCGGCCACAGCUUCGGCGGGAUGAGCGUGGCGCUGGCCGCCGAGGAGUUUCCCGACAAGGUGGCCGCGGCCGUGUUCCUCACGGCCUUCAUGCCGGACUGCGCACACCCGCGCACGCACACCAUCGAGGCGCUCCCCGCGGGGCUGGACUGGAUGGACAGCGUGACGGACGAAGGGCACGCCCCGCCGUCCGUGUUCCUCGGGCCGCAGUUCCUGCGGAGGAUGCUGUACCAGCUCUGCCCGGAGGAGGAUUAUACUCUGUCGCAGAGCCUGGCCAGGGUGAGCUCCUACUACGUGGCCGACCAGCGGCGCCGGCCGCCGUUCAGCGCGGACCGGUACGGCGCCGUGAGCAAGGUGUACGUGGUCGCCAAGCAGGACCUGGCCAUGGUGGAGCAGUACCAGAGGCAGAUGAUCGCUAGCGUCCCCGUGGCGGAGGUCAGGGAGAUGGCUGGAGCUGACCACAUGGCCAUGCUCUCGGCGCCCGAGGUGCUGGCGGGACACCUCGCCGACAUCGCCAACACCUACGCUUGAUUCUAUUGCUGAGCCUAUGUCCCCCCGAGACGACUCUGUUUUUACACUGCUGCUGCAUCAUCGUCCAAUGUCAUAUUAUCCUUGUUUUGAUCUUAAUAAAAAAUAAUCAAUCAUGCAUUUCUGUAUCAGAAAAGACUUGUGACUAGUUAGUCAUGUAAGCGUGCACGGGGUGCAAUGUACGAUUCACUGUCUUCUCCAACUCGGUGAAUCAAGCAGCCCAUGUACUCAACCAUUCCAACACUGUAGAAAGAAAUAUAAAGAACAAGCAGCGUUCGCAAUUGCAAGCA